GGUAGAUACUAAAUUAAAUUAUACAGUCUAUUAUGACUGCCAAAAUUAAUACAAUAUAAACAAUAUAAGAAUCUAAACCGAAAAUAUUUCGUAUUUCUAAUGUCGAGUGUUAUAUCAACUUGAUCGAUCCACUUAGAAACAAUAGAAAUUGUUGAAAACGCGCUUUAAAUACACAGAAAUUUGAAUAACAAAAGAUUAUUUAAUGGAUUCCAGUUUAUUUUUUUCUGAUAAAUGAAACUUUGAAUAUAAUUGACACGCUUAGUCAGCUUAACGAGUUUAUGUUUAUUAUUAGUAGUGUCAUUUGGUGACAUAUAUAUAUUAAUGCAACUGUACAACAUAUUAUACUAAGGUUUUUUUUAUCAAAAUGCAUGUUCAACCGUUUGAAGCGCAAGCAACCCUUCCGACAUUAUAUGAGUAUUAUACGACGGGAGGUAUCAAAACUGGCCUAAAUUCAAAUCAGAGAUUCUUUACUCUAAAUGAGAGAAAUAUUAGUUUGUAUUCUGGUGCGAUGCACUACUUUAGAACGCCUAAGCAGUUAUGGAGAGAUCGAUUAAGAAAGAUGAGAGCCGCUGGGCUAAACGCUGUGGAAACUUAUGUACCCUGGAACCUACAUGAACCUAGUCCAGGUGUUUUUGACUUUGGCCAGGGAGGUACUGAUAUGCAGGACUUCUUAGACAUUGAACUUUUUCUUAAAACCGCUCAAGAAGAAGACUUAUUUGCUAUUUUACGUCCCGGACCAUAUAUUUGUGCUGAAUGGGAAUUUGGAGGAUUUCCAAGUUGGCUUUUAAGGGAAAAAGGAAUUCAAUUCAGAACUUCGGAUGAUAAGUACAUGAGUGCAGUUAAAAGAUUUUUCAGUGCGUUACUCCCUAUAUUAGCUGCACUCCAGUUCAUUAAUGGCGGCCCAAUAAUCAUGUUUCAGGUGGAAAACGAAUACGGUAGUACCAAAACAUCAAAUUACCGCAGACUACCCCAAUUUACUCCGGAUAAAACGUAUUUAAGAGAACUUCGACAACUUUAUCUUGAUAAUAAUAUUACCGAACUAUUGUCAACAGCUGAUGGCGUGACAUCUUUUGGAACAGCUGGUACUAUACCGAGGUUGUUCCUUGUUACAGCUAAUUUUGGAGAUGAUCCAAAAAGUUCUUUUGAUACGCUACAAAGCAUACAACCAAACAGAUCGAAAAUGGCUAUGGAAUACUACCCUGGAUGGUUCGAUCACUGGGGGGAGGAGCAUCAUACGGGAGAUGAGCUGGAAUUAAUAAAGAACUUAGAAACCAUCAUAACUUAUCCUGGAUCGUUUAACAUCUAUAUGUUUCACGGCGGCACUAGUUUUGGCUUUAUGAACGGAGCAAAUGUAGACAACGCACUAGCUGACAAUAGUGGAUACCAACCAGAUACAACCAGCUACGAUUAUGACUCGCCCUUAACCGAAGCAGGAGAUUAUACUUCCAAAUACAACCUGAUUAAAAUACUUCUAAAUAAAUAUAUUAAUCCUCAAACAAAACUCCCUGCAGAACCUGAUCUAGUACCACGUGUGGCUUAUCCAAAUAUUUCUCUAGUGGAACAUAUACCAUUGAAAUCUUUAAUUGAUUCUCAAGAUAUUAAACAGUAUUACUCACAACCAAUUGCUAUGGAGCUGCUUGACAUCAACAACGGCACUGGGCAAAGUUACGGAUAUACCGCCUACAGAAAGUCGAAUCUAAACUUAACAAAGGGCGACAUCUUAACCAUUGAGGGCCACGUUUGCGACUCAGUAUUGGUCUUUGUCAACGGCCAACUGAUAUCCCCUAUACUUACUUCGGCACUAGAUUUCAACAAUUUCGGGUUCUGGCGUCUGUCAAACUCUCAGAUCACUUUGACGACGGAGGAUGUACAAGAUGCCACUGUAGAUUUGGUAGUGGAAAAUUGGGGAAGGGUUAACUAUGGAAAGCUAUCCCAGUACUAUCAGUAUAAAGGAUUGUGGCAAGGUAAUGUUUUAAUUAACAAUGUCAACAUAAGCAACUGGGAGCAUAUUCCACUAGAGUUUAAAAAAUCUUGGACGAAUUCCCUACAUGGAUGGCAAAAGAUUGGAAGCACUACAGGACCGGGUCUCUACAGAGGGUAUAUCUAUAUUACCGAUGACCCACAAGACACCUAUAUAGAUAUGCGACAAUGGACCAAAGGAAUAGUAACUAUUAAUGGUUUUGUCCUUGGAAGAUAUGCAAGAAUUGGACCACAACAGUGCCUUUACUUACCAGCCCCUCUAAUAAACAAAGGGCAAAACACCAUAGUAAUUUUCGAGCAUUACAAGGCAUCCAGCAACAUUACGUUCUCACAAGAUCAGAUAUGGGAAACCAUCAAGUGAUAACAGAGCAUAUUAUAAGUGUUAUAAUGUUAAUAACUUCACACAAAGUACUUAAGUGGAUGAUAAAUACAUCGAUGUAAUAAAAAUACAAGACGAGUAUGUUCUGAAUUAUUUAA